AGACCUCCUCUAAAGAUGGCGACCGCCUACGAGAGCUUCAACCUGUAAGUCUUGAAAAUAUAUAUCGUUUUCAGUCUUUUAUUUUCAAAAGCUAGCUACUACAACUUUUCUGGAAAAAAUGCCAUAUUGUCGUAGGUGUAAGACUAGCGUUAGCUAGCAUAUGAUAAGCUAGCUAGCUAACAUUCAACUGCAAUUACUGGCUGCAGUCAUUCGUAUGCGGGAUUUGUUUCAGUUUACAGUACUGUAACUAGCUUACAGUUAUGUCAAGGAUGUGUAGUUGUGUUGUCUGUAACAGUACUUAUCGAGCUAUCUGCCUUUCGAUUGAAUGAGUGGUAGAAUGCAAUCGAUCUGGUUGAUGAAGCAGCUAAAUAGCUAGAAAAUACAGUUAGCUUAGCUGUUAACGUUAGUUAGCCUGAGCCAGCUAGCGAGUAGCUAGUAUGUGUGAGCUGGUGGUGACGUUAGCCACUAACUAAGUUGAGCUUUGCCAAAUCAAGCCAAUGUUUUCCCUAUGUAUAAGGCGCGGUUCACAAUGCCAGAUGUUCGUCUACCAAGGUCACUGAUUUUGUAUCUCCAUCCUCUGUGCCCACUCUCCCCCCAUAGGCAUACUACCCCAGAGAAGUUUUACAUUGAGGCUUGUGAUGACGGCUCCAAUGAUGUCCUGUCCAUUGACAGGGUGUCCACAGAAAUGAUCCUCACCGGUAUGUUGAGUAGGCCUAUGUUAGACUGUGUGUGUUAUCGUGGCAUGAUGCUGUCUUAUGCUGACCAAAGUCAAUGGUGGUUUGUGAUCAUAAAGGCAAUAAAAAAAUGAUGUGGCUCAGUUGGUAGAGCAUGGUGCUUGCAACGGCAGGGUUGUGGGUUUGAUUCCCAUGGGGGACCAGUAUGAAAAUGUAUGCACUCACUAAGUCGCUCUGGAUAAGAGUGUCUGCUAUAUGACUAAAAUGUAAAAAAUGAUGAUGAUUUGUCCCUCUAGUGAGGAAGGACAUUCCUCCCCAUGCGGUCACCAGGCCAAUAUGUGGCAUCAUGGGAACUAUCCGUUUGGUGGCAGGUAGGUUCAGUCUUACACUCUGUCAACAAGAGUCAGUUCAGACUCUCCAGUAAAAUUGUCCAUUGAGAAGACUUUACCUGUGUUACACAGUGUUUACUUUAGUGACACCUGUGCCCCUCUGCCUACCCUCCCCAGGCACGUACCUCAUCAUUAUCACAAAGAAGAAGAAGGUGGGUGACCUGUUGGGCCAUGCCAUGUGGAAGGCUAUGGACUUUGACGUUAUCUCCUACAAGAAGACUGUGCUGCACCUGACAGACAACCAGGUAGGGAGGUGUGAGUUGGGGCCCCAGUGCCAGCCCACAAGUCCACAGUCAUGUAGAGCCUGGGUGCAUUUCAGGCCAAGGGCGUUUCACAAUGAUUCCUUGUUAAUGACAGUGGGUUGUUUUGAUGUGGAUGCUGACGAGUCGAAACCCUAGCCUGAUACUCUGGGUUAUUUUUCUAAGAUUAGCUAGCUGCUGAAGUCACUUGCCUUCGCUACUGUAUGUGACCAAAACGAAAGAAGCAUAAUGAACUGAGAAUGCUAGGCAUCUGAGCUGACAUAGAUGCCCUGUGUUGAAUUGGCUAUGGAGCCGGUCAACGACAGACAGUGUGUCUGUAGACAGUCAAGUGUAUGUGAAGGGCAAAGCUGUCUGUCAGUCAGAGAACGAGACCUCUUCUCACAGACAGAACAAGUACUGCUUUCAGACAGUGUCAUCAUCAUGUAGCUGUUACAAGAACACUCUGUUCUGUCCCCAAGUCUAGACAAGUGUGUCUCUAUUAGUGGGCAUCUCUAUGUUGGCUUCUAGUUGCAAUACUGGUGGAGGAGAUGUUAUUUUAUAUAUAUAUAUAUAUAUAUAUCAAUUUAGAUUCCUUGUAUAUAUUAUUUUAUACAAAUAGUGGUAAUCCGAUACUGUCUAACCAUGGGUCCACCUAAUUUCUGUUUUGCUUUCCUUCUUCAACCUGCCUCCUGAGCACUCACCUUCGACCUCUUUUCUUUCCUUCUUCAAUCUGCCUCCUGACCUAUCUUUGACCUCUGACCCCAUCAGAUGCAGGACAACAAAGCCUUCUUGUCCAUGAUCAACAGUGUUCUGCUCACAGACGGCUUCUACUUUGCCACAGACUACGACCUGACCCACACUCUGCAGAGACUGGCCAACACCAGCCCUGAGUUCCAGGAGAUGAGCCUGCUGGAAAGGGUGAGAGAAUGAGUGGAUGGAAAGAGAGAUAUAGAGGGAGGAAAAUAGUGUAAAAACUUGUUUCCAUUUGAAGAUACUCAUUAAAACACGAGUAAUGUGUUUGUACUUGUGUCCUAUACAGAUGCAGACAUUUCCUAUGCAGGGCAUGCGGAAACACGUCGAAUGGUAUUAUAAAGAUGUGUUGUUUUCUUGCCCUCGUUUCUAGGCAGACCAACGGUUUGUGUGGAAUGGUCACCUGUUGAGAGAAUUCAUGGCACAGCCAGAGGUAAGGACAGAAAUGACACAUGUUAACCACUUUUGGUAAAUAUAAAAUGAAUGCGCUCCAGUACAGGUCUUAUGAUCUUUCUAAACUGCAUUGUCUCUGAUCUUCUCUUGACAGCUGCACAGGUUUGCUUACCCAGUUGUCCAUGGCUGUAUCCUUUCAUGUUUUUGUUGUUGUUGCAAACUCCAGAUGAAGACUUUUCCCGCUCUUCAGUUCUCAUAAACAGGAAGACCUCAUUACCACUUCUUGUAAGACAACAAAUAUUGCCCAUGUGAGAUAUGUAAUUCACGUGGCGGUUGUUUAGAGUGACUGAACUGUUAAACAGCAUUGCAGUUUAAACCCUGUAAUCUGUAAUUGGUUGGAAAUCUACCCUUGAUGUGAUCAGUUGCACGUGUGCACAACACACUAGAUCACAUGGUCAUUUUCACAUUCAUAUUUCCCCUUGAUCCUUGGGGUUUAGCUGUCUGAGUGGCUUGGAUGUAAAGCAGCUAUUGAUUACACUGGAUUAGUCUUGUCAUUCUUUUCCCUGAGAAAAACUUGGAAAACUGUUUGACAGACCAUGUAUAUCAGUAGAAGUGAACUUGCGGUUUGCUCCUUAAGCCACAAGGGGGAGCUAGAGAUUCAUAUAGGUCGUAUUAAAAUUGGGAAAUUAGGGAUAUUGUAUUUACAGACAAUGUAAAGUGGAUCCAUUGACAUAAUAUGAUGAAGCCCACAUUUCUAAGCAUCACAACACUCCCAACUCCAAAGCAUUUUCUGAAAAGGAGGCAGAGAAAGGUUGAAUUCAGAAGGUAAAGUUAGGCUUUAAAGGUUAAGACUGUGCUAUCCCUAACCACGUGUUGUCCAGUCAUCAUUAUGAAGUCCUGCUGCAUCAAUGGGAAGAUCUUUGACUGGAACAUCAUCUCCAGGCGGAGCUGCUUCAGGGCUGGAGUACGCUACUACGUCAGAGGUGACUGACUCCACAUCCACCAGCAUGUCUAACUGGAGCUUUCUGACUAGAGCAGGGAUGAUGGACAAUCUUUUCCACAGUGGACCGGUGUGGGUGCAGAGGUUUUUGUUCCAGCCAAACAGUAAUACAUACAUCUGAGUCAAAUAUGCUCAGUUUACACAAGCAGCCCAAUUCUGUUAUUUUUGUCACUAAUUGGCCUUUUGACCAAUCACAUCAGCUCUGAAAAAGAUCUGAUGCGAAAAGAUCUGAUGUGAUUGGUCAAAAGAUCAGUUAGUGUAAAAAAUAUCAGAAUUGGGCUGCCUGUGUAAACACAGCCUUAGUCAACUAGUCAGUCCCCGGCUAGUACAUUUGGUUCCUGUUGAAGUUGUGGGAACAUACGUUUUUGGUUUCCCAUUGGUUCUGGGAACGAAGCCAUACGUUUCCUGAUCGGUAAAACUGAGCGUUUUUUUUUUUACGUUCUGAGAACGGAAGUAAAAAUGUUGCCUGUUAUGGGAAGAUACAUUUUUUGUUUGCAGGGAGGUUCUGCGAACGUUUUACUAUGGUUCCCUGAAAGUUUUCCUGGGAGGUUUUAUUAACGUGAUGAGAAUGGAAAUUAUAGGUUAUUUGAAGGUAAUUAAAUAACGUUCUGAGCAAAUGUUUCAAUAAGACUUUUAACACUGCGAUCUUAGUUUGGGUUAACUGUUUUUAGCACAGAUAGGACACAUGGAAAUUAAUAUGCUUAGGCAUUAAUUAUGCAAACACUUUUCUUUUUUUAUUGUGGCAUGGUGUCAGGGAGAUUUGAACCUAUGCUGUUCCGUUCUCGAUCCAUGUAAUUAGUCCACUGCGCCACCAGGAUGGAGCUAGUGUGCCAUAUAUUUUUUUACAAAUACAGAGCUGUUCAUUUUAGUCUAUAAUUAAUAUUAUUCGCAAUGUCAAACCACUUGGAGAACAUUCCUAGGACAUUACAAACAUUAAAAUGCAAUGUAACCAUGUUUGAACUUUUAGGAAAUGUUCUGUUAAAGUAAUGAAAUACCAAGUAAAGAAGGUUUUUUUUUUUUGUCAAGUUCCUUAAAUGUGCUGAGAAUGUUCCAAAGCCAAGCGACUAUCCUGCACCAUUCCCAGAAAGUUGUGGGAAGGUUGUUUGCAAAAUAACCAUAGGACAACCACACUCUCAUCAAGCUCUAAGAAAUAUGAUUCUCAGAACCUUAUAUGCUAGCUGGGUCUUCAAUCAAUAUUUUGAUUAGUGGAAUCAGGUGUUUUACAGCUGGUUGGAACGAAACCCUGCACACACACCAGCCCUUUGCAGAUAAUAUUGGCCUGUCCACUUCUUAUAUGUUUACUGUCAAACAUUCCUCACUCUGACCACUCAGACGGAUGAUUACAUAAUGUCUAUUUGGUCCCUCAGGCAUCGACUCAGAGGGUCAUGCAGCUAACUUUGUGGAGACAGAGCAGAUUGUCCAGUACAACGGGGGCAAGGCCUCAUUCGUACAGACCCGAGGCUCCAUCCCCUUCUACUGGUCCCAAAGACCGAACCUCAAGUACAAACCAAAACCUCAGAUCAGCAAAACCAUCGACCAUGUAAGCUACCUGUUACAAUAUUCAUAUAAUUUUAAAUGAUAUUUCAUAUUCAAAUGUAAAAACAUUUUAAUGCACAGUAGUAGUAAUUUAAUUACAGUAGAGGUAUGUGAUAUUGAGUAUUACUAUACUGAGUCAUAAAUUCUUUCUUACCUUUACUGUCCUGCUUUCACAGCUGGAUGGCUUCCAAAGGCAUUUUGACUCGCAGAUCAUCAUUUAUGGAAAGCAAGUGAUUUUAAAUCUGAUCGACCAGAAAGGCUCAGAGAAGCAGUUGGAACAGGCCUUUGACAAAAUGGUGUCCAGCUUGGGCAACGGCAUGGUUAAGUAAGGACUAUAGCUUUUCCCCAUCGUUCAUUCUGAUCCCACUAUGCACGUCUUCUUCUAACAUCAUCCAUGUCUUUUUUUUAGGGGUUAACGUUCUGUCUAAAGGCAUGGAACUCCAUAUAACCCCUUAAAGAAAAUUAUUUAGUUGGAUUUUACAUAACUUUUCUCCCUGUACUGUGCACCUCUAGGUACAUAGCGUUUGACUUCCACAAGGAAUGCAGUCGGAUGAGGUGGCAUCGCCUGCAGAUCUUAGUCGAUAUGGUGACAGAGAUGCAAGAUGAGUAUGGGUAAGUAUUUAGUCUAUGUUAUUCUGUGUUUGUGUACUUUGUUUUUUGGGGGGUGUUCAUCUCUGUCUGUGGUUUGCUGAUUUGUUUUGUUUUUGUGACAAAUGUUAUUGUAAAAAGAGCUAUAUUUAGGAAUCAAAUUGUUUGAUUGGUUGAGUUGAUUGGUUGGUCAGGUACUUCCUGGUUGAUGUGGAUGGGAACGUUCUGGUGCAACAGGAAGGGAUGUUCCGCAGUAACUGCAUGGACUGUCUGGACCGUACCAACGUCAUCCAGAGUCUGCUGGCACGACGCUCACUGCAGUCACAGCUGGAGGUGGGAACCACCAAUCAGACACGCCCACACUGACUAGACACGCCCAUUACAUAUAGACACUCCCACUAGUUCUAGACACUCUUACCACAUCCAUCUAGACCACUGGUGUCAAACUCAUUCCAUGAAGGGCCAAGUGGCAGUGGGUUUUCUCUUCCCUUGUAUUUGAUUGAUGAAUUAAGGUCACUAAUUAGUAAUGAACUCCCCUCAUCUGGUUGUCUAGGUCUUAAUUGAAAGGAAAAACCAAAACCCAGCAAACACUAGGCCCUCCAUGGAAUGAGUUUGACAUCCCUGAUCUAUACACUUCCACCACAUCUAGACUCACUCUAUCUGUCUUUGACAUAAUGAGCAAUGUCGUGGACCUCUCUGUCCCACCAUCAGGAGUUUUACUGUUCAAUAAAGGUGUAGACCUAGCCACUCCCCUGAAUCUGAUUGCGACCAUCUUGGUUCCGCCUUGCCCCCUAUGGUCAGGCCACUGCAGUAUCUCACCACACUUCUUUGUUUAUCUGCAGCGACUUGGAGUUCUCCACAUGGGCCAGAGGAUUGAAGAUCAGGCCGACUUCGAGAAGAUCUACAAAAAUGGUGAACCUCAGCUGAAAUCUGAACACUUUCCUACCCCUGUGCCAGAAUGAGCACAUCAUUCUCUUCCUUAUGAGAUUAUUCCAACACUAUGGUUUAACAUGAUUGAAAUCCUCCCCUUUUUCCACUGACUAAAUCUGUUUUCUCUUUCUUCCACCCCCCCCUCCCCCCAUCUCUCCCUUUCCCUCUCUCACCCCUGCUCUCUGCAGCGUGGGCAGACAAUGCCAAUGCGUGUGCCAAGCAGUACGCCGGCACAGGGGCCUUGAAGACAGACUUCACAAGGUGAGAGAGAGGGGCUCACGUGCUUCUUGCUAAUCUGGUGAUUAGCCAGCUAGGGCACAGGACUGGCUCUCUUCAUAGAAACACACUCCAUUCCAUCAGGAAGUCACUGAGUUCAUCUGGCUGUAGGAGGAUAUUAUGGAUUCGAAUAGAACUUGUCCAUUAUACAAUGACAGAGAACUAGUUGUCUUUCUGCUGGCACAGUACCCAUGCCACUGUCAGUCACACCCCACACACACCCAUGAAGUUAACUAGUUGUCUUUCUGCUGGCACAUUACCCAUCCCACUGUCAGUCACACCCCACACACACCCAUGAAAUUAACUAGAUGUCUUUCUGCUGGCACGGUACCCAUCCCACUGUCAGUCACACCCCACACACCCAUGAAGUUGGCCAUGCAUAAUUGUCUAUGCACUACAUCAAAACAUUGUACUGGUUUUGGUGAUGCAUAUUGAAUGGACUGCUGCCCUUAUCUUAGAACAUGGAGGAUUAGGAUGUUUUGCUAGUGACCUUUGUGAUAACCAGGAUGAAAACUGAGCAAGAGCGUGCUCAGGAAAGGGUGGAGGAUGACGACGAUGAUUAUUUGUAG